AUGACCGCUGCUGCUGCCGGACAGAGACGAUGGGCUGAGUGGGCAAACUUCCUGCUGCGGCGCGACGGACGCAGUGAACUGCUGGCGACAGAGCGGAACAUCAGGGCGGUAGUUAGCGUCGAGCGAUCUGACAACACGCAGCGGGCCCAGUCUUCGCCGACGGCAACACGCAAAGGCCGGCUUGGCGCCAAGCGAGCUCAGGAGGAGAGGGAGCCCCCCUAUGCCCUCAAAGCAGGCGCGGACACGGUCAUCGAAGCUGCGGAGGGCAAUCGACGUGCAGGACUGGCUGGAAGUCAUCGCAUGUCAUGCGUGACCUUGCAGUACGAGGAGUCAGUGACCGCAAAAGGUGUAGGGACCGCCCAGUUUGAGGGCACGCAAGGUUGCCCAGAGCUUCCAGCAGAGGAGCAGACUUGGUAA